AUGCCAGACUUGAAAGUAUGGUUCACAAGAGCGUAUUGGACGUUUGCUGGGCUGGGUAUACUUUGGGCGGUUUUUCUGGGGGCGCUGGUUAGUCCGAGGUUUCAGAGGCAUGCGCUAUAUGCCCAUAAAUUGCACACGGGGUUUUGGAGUAAUGUGUCGAAUCCUGAGGAGUUUGGGUUUGCGAAGGGCCAGGUUCAGCCCUUUUGGCUUACGACAUUUGAUAACGAGAAACUGUUUUGCUGGCAUGUGCUCCCUCUAGAUGUGUAUCUGGAGAAUGAACACGAACUUUCUACUGCAGCGGCAGUGGGACAGGUGGUUGAAGAGUUGAAGGGAACCGUAGGGGAGAAGCUCAUGAGUAGGGAUGUUGAUACUAGGAUUGUGAUUAACUUCCAUGGCAAUGCCGGGCACAUCGCCCAAGGCUACCGCCCAUCAACCUACCGCUCCAUCUCCGGCAUCCCAAGAACUCACCUCCUAACCUGCGACUACCGCGGCUUCGGACAUUCCACCCUUAACAACCCUCCCCACAUCCCCACCGAAACCGGCAUCAUCACAGACGCCAUCUCCCUGGCAUCCUACGUAACGCACGACCUCAGCCACCCCAUGUCUCGCACCGUACUCCUAGGCCAAAGUCUCGGCACCGCCGUCACAGCAGCCACAGCACUCUACUACACGGACCCUACCUCCCCUCUACUCCCCUCCUCCCUAGCCACCCUGCAACCCCCAAAACCCGCCAAAGAAUCCUUUGCCGGCAUAAUCCUCGUAGCUCCCUUCCGCACCCUCCCUCUCCUCCUCCAACAUUACCGCAUCGCCGGCAUCUUCCCCAUCCUCAAACCCCUCCAACCUUACCCCGUCAUAGCAAAUUUCCUCUCCUCCCGUAUUAUCGACACCUGGCCCACGCUUCCCCGCCUGCAAUCUUUCAUUUCCGCCGAGAAAUCCAAGAAGCAUGGCUUCUUCAUUUCCCUCCUACACGCCCGUAAUGAUCAGGAUAUUUCGUAUCACGAGAGCGAAACUCUAUUUGAGCCGCUGCAAACGCUGAUGCUGGGGUCGGCGGAGACGGCGGCGGAUGUAGCGGCUGAGGAGACGAGGAGGAGUAUCCAUGGUGGUGAGCGUGUUAAGCGUGGUGCGUUUGCGUAUAAGAAGGUUGAGGAUGCGAAGGGAGAGCGAUGCGUGGAGCUCGAGGUUACGCGGUAUGGAGGGCAUAACGAGGUUGUGGGGUGGGCGCAGGUGGCGCUUGCGGUUCGGAGGGCGUUUGAAAGGAGGGCGAGGAGGAUGAGGCCGGGGUUGGAUGUUGAGUAA